ACAGCCUCGUAUUCUGAGGAACAUUCAGCAACAAGUUUUUACUAAAGCAGCAAGCAACCGCCGGUUUGUAGGCUGCUGAGUUUUUGACCGAUGCAAAGUCACACGCGGGUACAUUGACGUAGUUGAAGUGCGUGUUUCAGGUGAUACGUGUUUGCAUGAUUGAACGGGAAAACAUAUCGGUGCGGUAGAAGUGCAGUAUACGCAUCUGUUAUGAAUUGCAUAAUCAUGGUGCUUUGAAAUAACAGCGGUCGAUCUAUUCGUGAAGAGAAAGCUGCACGACGGAAAGAAGAAGUAUUAUUCACGCACAAUAGCGGAAGUUAAUCUCAACGUCCGUUUCAGUCGAGUUGGUUUCACAACACUUUUUACAAUAACUAACGAAUGUCUUAGCUCUACUACAUAAUGCAAUUGCCGCGGACAUUCUUGCGCUUUGGUUGCUACUUCUUGGUAUUAACACUUGUCACAGUGGCCGGUCAAAACGAACCACUCUUCGAAAUUCCGGUGCAGUUGAUCGGUUUUCCGAUAAUUAUAGCAAGUGUAAGAAUCGUCAACUUCCUCAAGAAGCUCGCUUAUGCUUUAAGUCCAGAUACUUAUGUCAAUCGAGUGAAACGAGCACAUCCUUUGAUAUACGACGAAAAGAUCUUAGACGUCGACCAAGUCGAAAAGAAGCUAGUAGCUGAAUUCGGAAAUAAUGUUUGCAUCUAUGAGAAAAUUUGUGUCAAGUACGCGGAACGAUCUCUUCAAAGAAGAAGUUGGGAACGCGUUCUUAAUUGGAAUGAAGUAUUCAGGGAAUACAAGUCAUCGUCCAACUCGAUGAAAGAGAAUUACUUGCUGAGCGUCUUUAUGGGUGACAUUAUUGGCAAUCCGAAGCUAUGUCACUUAUUGGCAAAGAGAAGCAGAGCCUGCGAUAGUAAUUUGUUCGAUAAGAAGUGAAGAAUUAGAAUUUUAAUUAAAUCAUAAAUCUUGAUGCCAUAAACUUGAAAUAUUCGCGAUUUCAAAAUAAACUAUAAUCUGUUUUUUUUUUAUAUAAUGUCGAUG